CACAGUACCACAUAUCAACACUGGCAACAUCGCUCUCCUAAAUAAAACCGGCACGGCAGCACCGUCUUAGGUACCAGAUGCGCUAGUCGUACUUCGUAGGCGAGUUCAUGGCCGGUACUGGUGCUGCCUGACUGGUAACUGGUACCACUCCGCUUCGUUCUUUAGUCUUCAACGGAGAAUGAGAAAAAUGUCCGUGGUUUCUUGAAUCGGAUGGACGUUAGGUAGAUUUAGAUUAAUGACGAUGCUAGCUGGACCAGUCAGAAGAUGCAAAAGACUUGUACCCGUAUUAUUCUUUUUCCUCACCUUUGUGAUAUUUUUUGUAUGGAAAUUGAUUCAGCUGACUAGACAGAAUGAAGUUCAUCCUAAGCAUCUGUAUAGGAAAAAAUCUGCAGAAGAUUUUAACGAUAACAGUAGGAUAAAAGUCAUAAUAGGUCACUAUGUAGGCAACUCAAUUGAUAAAGUGCCCAAUGCCACAAAAGAAAUGAUCAACCAAAACAGUUUUAAUCCAGUACCAAGUGCAGGCAAAAAUGGGCGGCCAGUGGUUGUAGAUACCAAGGACUUCAUUAAAAUGCGACAGCUGUAUCAAAUUAAUAGGUUCAACUUGAUGGCAAGUGACAAGAUUCCACUGAACAGGAGCUUACCAGAUUUUAGGCGGAAGAAGUGUUCUGGGCUAUUCACGGAUUACAAAACCUACCCAAAUACAAGCAUAAUCAUCGUAUUCCACAAUGAAGCCUGGUCAACCCUCUUCCGGACUAUAUGGAGUGUCAUAAACAGGUCACCACGAGAAUUACUGGAGGAGAUAAUUUUGGUGGACGAUGCUAGUGAGAGAGAGUUCCUGAAGAAACCCUUGGAAGACUACAUUAUAACCUUACCAGUCAAAACACGACUGCUACGAAGCUAUCAACGAAUCGGGCUCAUCAAAGCUAGACUAAAAGGAGCUGCUGCAGCCAAUGGUGAAGUCCUGACUUUCCUAGACGCUCAUUGCGAGUGUACUAUUGGCUGGUUGGAGAGUCUACUGUCUGUGAUAAAGGAAGAUAAGAAAACAGUGGUUUGUCCUGUGAUUGAUAUCAUCAAUGAUGAUACUUUUGCGUAUAUCAAGAGCUUUGAGUUGCACUGGGGAGCUUUCAAUUGGAAUUUGCAAUUCAGUCCUUUCAGGUGGUAUACACUUGGUGGCAAAGAAAUGAAGUUGAGAAGAAAAGAUGCCACACUACCAUUCAAUACUCCUGCAAUGGCUGGUGGUUUGUUUGCCAUCGAUAAACAGUUCUUUUUCGACAUUGGCUCAUACGAUGACGGAAUGAAUAUUUGGGGAGGAGAAAAUCUUGAAAUGUCGUUCAGGAUAUGGCAGUGUGGAGGUCAGGUACAGAUAGCACCAUGCUCACGUGUUGGUCACAUAUUUAGAAAAUCAUCGCCAUACUCAUUUCCAGGAGGUGUUGAUAAAACUCUUUACUCUAACCUUGCAAGAGUCGCAUUAGUAUGGAUGGAUGAAUGGGCUAACUUUUAUUUCAAGUAUAACAAGGAAGCUAGCUACAUGAAAGGCGAUCAGAACGUCACAGCAAGAGUGGAGCUUAGAAAGAAGAUGCAGUGCAAGAGUUUUGAGUGGUACCUAGAUAAUAUCUGGCCCCAACACUUCUUUCCUAAGGAUGACAGAUUCUUUGGGAGAAUAAGAAAUCUUGCAGAAAAUAAGUGCUUGAUUAAGCCUGAUAAGAAGGGAAUGUCUAAUCAACCUAUGGGAAUUGCCAAAAUCGAAAAAUGCUUCGGUGAUGACUUUAUCGUUGAGAUGUUCGUGAUGACCAAUGAAGGAUUUGUCAUGACAGAUGACUCCAUCUGUAUGGACGCACCCGAAAAAGUGGUACCAGGACCACAAAAGGUGCGAAUUACAGCAUGUAGUGGAUUCAGCAGACAGAAGUGGGAAUACAACCAAGAGAGCAAGGAGCUGCGUCACGUGACUAACCAAAAAUGCCUCGACAUCAGCAGCUCCAAAGAGUUUUCGGAAGGAUUGGUAAUAACGGAUUGCAAUGGCAGCAAUUCUCAAAAGUGGAUACUGGAAGCAGUUCAGUGGAAAUAGUGAUCAAGUUCAUUGGGCGAUGAUACUGACUGUGAGGGUCACACUACUUCCGGAGACUGGGUUUAAAAUAAGGUGGAAACAUGAACAGGAGGGAAAUGUGGUACAGAAAAAAAUAAGCUUUCAGUUUAUGCCCGCUUAUAUACAAUUGUGAUAACACUAGUCUAUAAGUAACUAGAUCUGAUGAAUGAUCAUUGAACGAGUAUGUACAUAUUUGUGGAGUUUGCGUCUACUAUAGGCUAAAAUAAAAAAUGAAUCCAUUAAGAACAUGUGCUUUAUUACAUACGAAUAGUUGGAACACAUUCUAAUUAACUUCUGACAUGAAGGAAUUCUCAUUUGAUUGACAGUUUUAAAAAAGAGACGUAUCUGUAGCUCAGUCUUAUAUGGAGUAAAACUGACAAGAUUUCUAUGGUAGAAAGUACUGGCACGGAUAAAAAACUGCAUAUAAACA